CCCUCCAACAGCCGUCACCGCGGCCAUCCCCGCCUAAACCGUCGCCUCGGGGACAAAUUCCGCCCUCCAAACUUUGAUCCUCUUGUCGCUAAAAUCGAAAGGUACACGGGGGAGAAAGGACUGAAGGUCGAAGGGGAUGAAAAUUCCGCCAUUAGCACUGUCGAAAACAGUACGUUCUUCGGAGAGGCGGUGGAUGCGGACAAGUACUUUAGCAAUGAGGGACGGUUGAACAUCACCUUGAGGUUGGUCAUCUUGUUUCCUUUAUUGGACAAGGCACCACAAGAUGGGGUGAUUAGUCCCUUGGAGCUGCAUUCUUGGAUCAGAGACUUGGCCGUGGAGAGGCUGAAUUACAGGACACAAAAGGAGUUGGCAUCACAUGAUAGGAAUGGGGACAAAGCCAUCUGUUUCAGGGAAUAUCUCCCUCAGUUUUCUGAUGAAGAUAUAG